AUGCGGGGGAGCACGAUCGAGAAGGUCGUGCGAGUUUUGUGGCCCAGCGCGACGCUCUUCCCCUGGCUGUUCAGGAGCGCGUUCGACGUGAUGAGGGCCAGAGAGCACCGGCCCGACUGGGAGUCUGACGUGGCGCGGGCGCUCAACGAGCUCGGUGGCUACCAGGACACUCUCGCCAGUGAGCCUGUCGGUGGUGGCACCGACGGCGCCUCGCCGGCGCAAUUCAGGCCUCUUGUGCACGACCUCGGGCUGUCGCACGUUCGUGAGUGCGUUGCCCGGUGGGGUCAGCCUCCCGCCGACCUCACCUGCCGGGGGGCCUUUCGAGAGCUCCAGGCGUCCCACAGCUAUCAGGGGUCCCCUGUCUCUGUGGCCCUUCUGAACCUUGACCUUCUCAGCCUUCCUGCUGCUGGGAUGCCCCAGGACCUGGGGGGUCUGGUCGAGAAUGACCGCGAUGAAGUUCAGAAGUUCGUUGAAGACUACCUCUUGCCAAAGGAUCAG